CGUCGACAAAAUCCCUCACUCGCACGCCAUCUCCUCUCUCUCUCUCUCAUCAUUGCCAUGUUCCCCUGUCUUGUCCUCCCCUUUUCACCCCUCCCACCUCGCCAAACCUAAAUUCCGAUUCCCCUUCCUUCCAUACCCACACAAUCAGCGUACUCACUCGACUCCAGAUAGAGAUACGAGAUGUGGAUGUGGAUGUGUCGGUCAAACGCGAAUCCAACGCCAAAUCAAAUCAAAUCAAAUCAAUGGUGGUCGAACUCGAGAAUCCCAAGCUCGAUAGUCUCUCUAACUAGAUUAAUAAUCGACUGGUGAGUGAGUAACCUUGUGCGAACUAGGAAACAAAACUGUGGGGCUUUUUGCAGGCAAAGGAAACGGACAGCCUGCACUGCUGUAAAGAAAAGUAGCCCUUACGACUCAUCAUCAUUAUUAUUUUUAGUAUAAUUGCUCUGCCACUGGUUUUGUUUCCAUUCGAUCCUAAUUUUGACCCCAUAAAAAAUCUCUCCCCAUGAUUUUAUCUGAGAGGAGAGGAAAAGGAGAAGAAGAAGAAGAAGAAGAAGAAGAAGAAGGAGAUGUCGUCUGUGGUUGGAAGUGUUGGGAAUUGAAGGAGCUUGUGACGUCUUGGGAAGCUCUGAUCUGUAAUAAUGGCUCCUCCAGGGAAAGCUUCUGGAUUUCACCGUCGAGGAAUUGACUGGUUCUGCGAUUCGCGUCUGCCGAGCGAUAUUACAGUCGUGGUGGAUCAAGUCAAGUUUCAUCUUCACAAGUUUCCCCUUAUUUCAAGGUGUGGAAAGAUCGCAACAUACUUCGACAAAUCUACGGACACCCCUGUCGGGACAUUUACCGUUAAUUUGGAAGAAUUCCCUGGUGGUCCUGACACAUUUCUUACGAUCGCCAAAUUCUGUUACGGCAUCCACGUGGAUUUCACGCCAAGGAAUGUAGUAAUUCUGCACUGUGCCGCAGAUUAUCUGGAAAUGACCGAUAGCUAUGGCGAUGACAAUUUACGAUCCAAGUCCGAGAGGUACUUCCACAAGCACAUUCUCAAGAGCUGGAAAGAUUGCAUCUUGGCCCUCCAAAGCGUCGAUCCGGCUCUCAUCCCAAUGGCUGAAGAACUCCAAAUCGUCAGCCGCUGUCUAAAUGCUUUAUCCGUGAUGAUCUGCACCGAUCGAACUUUGUUCGGUUGGCCCAUGAUGAUGUACGGCAGCUUGCAGAGCCCCGGUGGGAGCAUCUUGUGGAACGGGAUAAAAACGGGAGCAAAGAUUCAGAGCAACGAAUCCGACUGGUGGUUCGACGACAUCUCGUACCUCUGCCCGGAGCUUUUCGAGAGGCUAAUUAAGACAAUCGAAUCGAAAGGCGUAAGGCCUGAGAUAAUCGCGCAUGCGAUAAUGUACUACUGUAAGAAACACCUCCCGGGCUUGGGUCGAUGGCAGGGCAGUGUACAUACCGCAGUAUCGUCGAGAACGGUUGCCAGUUUCACCAUGACUCCAGCUAACAUCGAUCAGAGGAGACUCGUUGAAAUCGCAGUCGAGCAGCUCCCUGAACUUAAGGGAAGAUCGGUAUGCCAGUUUUUACUCGGGCUUUUACGGGUGGCUCUAAUCCUCGAAAUCAACCAUUCGUGCCAAGAUUCAUUGGAACGACGGAUCGGCGAGCAGCUCGAAUUGGCUACGUUGGAUAGUCUGCUGAUACCGAGCUAUUCUGAUUCGGAUGCCUUGUACAACACUGAUUGUGUUUAUCGGAUGAUUCGUUGUUUUGUGUCGUCGGAGCCGAGUCUGGCUUCGAUAUCCCCGUUGUCGUUCGAUGAAGAGACGUCGCCGUUGUCUAGACGUCUGAGUAGCGUCGCUAAAUUGGUUGACAGCUAUAUAGCGGAGGUUGCGCCGGACGUGAACUUGAAACCGGAGAAAUUCCGGUUGUUGGCGGAGGCAUUGCCGGAAUCUUCGAGGUCAUUGCACGACGGGCUGUACCGGGCCUUGGAUAUAUACCUUAAGGAACACUCAUGGCUCUUGGAUAGCGAACGGGAGCGGCUAUGCACGAUAAUUGACUUCAACAAGAUAUCGAUCGACGCCUGCGCCCACGCCUCGCAAAACGAGAGGCUCCCGCUUCGAAUAAUACUACAAGUCUUGUUCUUCGAGCAAAUGCAGCUGAGGAGCGCCCUCGCCGCGUGUCUCAACAACAUGGAUCCCGUAAGCGCCCCGAUGGCCCCCGACGAGACGUCAACCAGACGACGGGAGGGAUGGGUGACGGUCGCCCGCGAGAACCAGGUGCUGAAAGUGGACAUGGAGAGAAUGAGGUCCCGAGUCGGGGAGCUCGAACAAGAGUUCGGAAAAAUUAAGGAGGAGAUGAAGAAAGUGACCAAGACGCACGGUUACCUCAGUUCUCCCCGACGAGGAAUCGGAAUCGGAUGCAAGCUCCUCCCUCGACCUUCGGAUGCCCGUCAGGACAGCGCCACGCCGACUCCUCGGACAUCCUCGGCUGAACGGGCGCGGUCAUCUGCCGUGCGUCAUCCUAGGCAUCGGAGAACUUCGUCUUUGGUUUGACUGCAAGAAAGGAGACGGCGAUUGCGCGUGUUCUCUUCCUCCCGAUCAUCCAUGGAUGUAAAAUCGGAGUUGGUUCGACGAA